UUCUUCCCUCUGUCUCCUAGGUUUGUCUCCGCUUCCACACUGUGUGUCCUCUGGUCCUGGUUUCUGCGCUGCGCUUCAAGUAUUGGUUUGGGUUGACUGAAAUGACCAGGAGCCAGGAGUUUGAGCAGGGUUAGAAACUCACACUAGCCCUGCUGCUGCUGCUGCACCCAGUCCUGGGGUUAAGAGCUCCCUUCAAUGAAAGUCUAGCAUUAUUAUUAUUAAUAUUGAAAGGCAUGUCGUAUGCAGACAGGCUCAAAUAAUUUUAUCUAUUCAGUCUUGAACAAAGAAGACUACGCGGUGAUCUGAUUCAAACAUUCAAAAUCCUAAAAGGUCUUUUUUUCACAGGUGUGUCCUCGAUUGGAGCUGACGACGGCACGUAUUUAGCUGUCGGUCUGACCUGGUGAACUCUGACCCCACUCCAGGCUCCAGCCCUGACUGACCCGCCCCUCCUCCUGGGCGGGGAGGUCGCGAUCCUUUUUGGAGAGCGAUGAAGGGGCGCCAGAAAGGGAAACGCAAAGGGGGCAACAAAGACCGGGUUUUUGGGUGUGACCUUCGAGAACAUCUGAACGCAACGGGACAGGAGAUCCCUCUGGUUUUGCGUGCCUGCAGUAGUUUUGUGGAGGAGCACGGUGUUGUCGAUGGGAUUUAUAGACUGUCUGGAGUCUCAUCUAAUACACAGAAACUCAGGAAUGAGUUUGACUCGGAGACGUCUCCAGAUUUAAACCGGGACGUGUACCUCCAGGAUAUUCACUGUGUCUCCUCGCUGUGUAAAGCCUAUUUCAGAGAGCUCCCCAACCCACUCCUCACCUACCAGCUCUAUGAUAAAUUCGCAGACGCCGUGGCGAUACAGCUGGAAGAAGAGCGAUUGGUCAAAAUCAAGGAUGUGCUCAAAGAACUCCCGGAUCCUCACUACAGGACUCUGGAGUUUUUAAUGCGACACCUGAUUCGAAUGGCCUCGUUUUCACAUGAGACCAACAUGCACGCUCGCAACCUGGCAAUUGUCUGGGCACCUAACCUGCUCAGGUCGAAGGAUAUUGAAUCCGGGUUCAACGGCACAGCGGCGUUCAUGGAGGUCAGGAUUCAGUCCAUCGUGGUGGAAUUCAUACUGAUGCACGUGGAGCAGCUCUUCAAUGAUGCCUCUGGGGAUUACCAUGACCAUCGACCCAAGUCCCUCCCCUCACCGACUUUCCUGCCCAAUCAGGAAGAGCCGUACUUCCGAGCGCUUCCCUUCAACAUGCCGAGCGCGCUCAGCCCCGGAGACGGUCCUCCACAGAUGAGACCGUACCACGCCAUCAUUGAAGUGACAGACACCAAGAGGAAAGGGUCUCUGAAGGUGAAGAAAUGGAAGUCGAUUUUUAACCUGGGGAGAUCGAACAACAACGACAAGAGAAAAGGCAAGGGCGAGGGCAAAGAUAAAUCGAAGGCUCAUAUGAGACCAGCCAAGAGCAUGGACUCUCUCAGUUCCUUGCCGUGUACACUAGAAGAUUCAGUUAUCCAGCGGAGCUCUGCUCGAACCCCAAUUCGCCAUGAAAGCUUCGGACCCUCCGAACAUCAGCCCAGCUCUCUACCCCCCUCCCCCCUGACCACGACCUCGCUGGGCGCAGAUUCAGGGGCUAAAGGCUCCCAAGGCUACGCCGUGACUUAUCGCAGAGGGGGCGGGGCCAGCGUCAGCGUGGUGGGCGGGGCCGUGGGCGGGGCAGAGGCGGGACUUGGCAGCUCUAGCUUGGACAACUUGUCUUCGAAUUCUCCGAAGGGUCGGGGUAACCGCGCAGAGAGGUGCGCAGGGGUUCAUAUUUCCGGACCCUUUUCGGUGACCGUGCCGCUGCACAUCACUUCCGGGCUGGCUUUAGGGGUUUUACAGGGAGCUAACGGCGACAAAGGGGCUGGAAAGGCAGAGGAAGAGAAGAGGACGACAGCGGAGGACUCCCCAGAUCUCGGAGCGAAAGUCCAACAGGGAGAUGAAGAGAAGAACGAAAGUGAAGUCCCCUUGUCGCAGGAAGAGGAGGGGCUGCAGGAAGCUGAAAGACAGGAAGUAAGGGAGACGGACAUCGAGGUUGAAAUGGAGGCUGCGGAAAGUGGUCAUAGUGGGCGGGGCUCCAGUAUCAGUUCAGAGGAAGAGGAGGAGCAUCUGGAGGAAGAGGAAUACAUGGACAUGCGAGGGAGCAUCGAGAGACCUUCAGAGCUGCCCCUGGACUUUUUGGACACUUUCGGCUUCCUGGACGAUGAUAUGAUGGACACGGGAGAGGGGGCGACACAGUUUGAAGAAUUCUCGGUGGAGCCCCCUUGCUACGAAGACGAGGACUGCUGCAGUUUCAGCAGCGAGAUGUACGAACCUCCCCCCAGCCUGCCCUCCCAGCUAGACCAGUUAAACCAGUUCAAAACGGAAGGCGACAGCGACGAAGACGUACAGUUCUACAGCCUACCGGACUACCUGGACCGUCCCGACCUCAGAAUCUGGGAGACGGACGCGCCCGCGGCUGCCCGAAUCGACCACGAAACCGACCAACUCGAAGACACCGGCGACCCUGCCGAGGAAAACGACCAGACAGCUCCUUCUGACACGCUGGACCUCCAAGGCAGCAGGGGGCAGUCAGACGAAGGGGUGAAACCUACUUCUGGACCGGGAGACGAGGGUAGGUGGCAGUGUGCUGGAGACGCGGUCGCGGGUACGCCAACGCAAGACAGCGAGACCAGCUAUACCUGUGGUGAAAUGCGGGCAAUUGAUCUUAACUCGAGGGAUCCGCCUGAGGAACCCGGCGACACGUUGCUUCUUCUUUGCUCUACGGGAACGUCGGACAUGCAGAGCUUCGUUGAAAGCAGCCGGGGCUGUCCCACAGAAGCCCAGAUUGAAAGCGUGGCUGGUUUAGAGUCGGGGAGCUCGCUCUGUUCCACGGACGUCCCGCAGCUUGCUCAAGAUCCAGAAGCGGCGCUCCAAGGCAAUUCCAUUGCUGUUUUGGAAGCGUCUGAGAUGCCUGCAGAAGGAAAUACAGACGGCAAGCAGCUCCGAGUGGAACCGGAAGGUAUAGCGCAGCCGGAGGGAUCCGGGGUUGACGAAGGACCGAUAGGAGAUCCGGAAAAGCUUUUAGGGAACCAGGAGGCACUCCCGGAAAUUCUUCAAGAUGAUGAAACGGGUGGAGUUUGUAAGGAGGACGAGAAGCAAGCAGUGGCUUCUUAUGAAGAUUCGAAAGAUGGAUUGGCAAAGGUUAGGGUCUUCGUCCAGUCUCUGGUAGACCAUUCUCUGGCCUCUAUAGAAACCCAUGGGAAAAAUGCAUGCAGUGAGAUGGGAAGUGUUUUAGUGGGAAAGGCGGAAAUUGUCGGGAAUGAAUUGAGCCCCGCAGAGGCGGAUCCAGUUAAACAGAUGGAUGUGGAAGUAGAUUCUGUUGAGGAGGUUAUAAUGGAGGAGGGGGGAGGUAGUGAGGCAGGGGGUGUAGAUGGGACUGGUGAUCAUGAAACGGGUGGAAUGGUGCAGGAGGUUGAGGUUGGGGGUUCGAGUGACGGGAAUGAAGAUGCUGAAGAAAUUGAAGAGGGUUUCACGAGGGAGAUGGAAGAGGCAACUGGAAAACCAGAGGGCUUGGGUGAGGUAACGGAGGAAGAAUUGAAAGAGAGUGGGGAUGCGGGCAGAGAAAUGGGGGUGGCAAGUGCGAAGGUGGGCAACGAUCAGACGGGAAGCGAGAAAGAAGGGGUGGAGGGAGAUGGAUCGAAACACAGCAGGGAGAGGGAAGAUUCGGAGACCCAAAGGGAGGCAAGAUUAGAAGGAAUGGAAGGUGCUCGGAUGCAGGUCGUAGCAUCCGUGCCGACUAAGCCACGGCCAAAACUUUACCAAGUAAAAUCAGUACCCGUUGUCGCACCAAAGCCUCAAUUUUCAAAACUGCCCCCGGCGUUGAAGAUCAAGCACCAGCUUCACCAACAGGAUCUCCAGUCGCAGCUGCCAGGGAGCGAGGGAGAGAGCAAGGGCAGAGGGAAGAACAGGUGGAGCUACGGGGGAAGGGAGGGAGAGGCGGAAGGGGAGGGGGAACGGGGAAAGAGGAACGGGGCGACUCCGGGAGCCAGUCUCUCUUUCGACGAAGCAGUAGCCAGGGCCAGGGACAGGCAUUGCAAUCUGAAGGUGUGGAGGAUUCAGGCGUACGGGGAGCAGAGCUCCCUGCAGGCUUUGCCUAAACAGCUCCGCCACUCCCACUGUGACCUCACGGGGCAAGCCCCGCCCAGUCCCAAUCCCCGCCCCUUCCCCAGAGGAGGCGAAGCCAAGAGAAUGAGCUUGCCCAGGAUUGGUCAGAGUGCAAGCUUGCCUGAAACGGAGGAAAUAAUUCAACAGAGGCGCUCUUUUGCGGCUCUGGAUAGUCACAGAGAUAAGGAGAGGGAGAGUGAGUGAGGGAGAUAAAGAUACAUCAUUUAUUUGCACAUCAAUUGUACUGAAGCUGGUUGCUUUGGAUAAUGGGACCUAGUGCGUUUCAAAUAGAAUUAUUAUUAUUAUUAUUAUUAUUUUUAAUCUUUGUUCACGGGCUUGCUCAGAUUGAUAGCGUUGCCGCGCACACUCUUUUGUUUCGUUCAUUGUAACUUCUGAUGCUGGUUUCAAUGGAGGAGCGCAUCACACUAUACCAGACCAUGGUAGCUUCAUUGGUACAAGCGUUUCAAGGAGCUUUACGAAAAUACACAGCGAAUGAAAAGAGCUCUGAACGACUCGCUAGCGAAAAAGGCCAUCUGUUUUAUACAGAAGCAAAUUGUUGGCAACUUAAAAAUAAUAAUGAUAAAUAACAAUAAAAGUUCAUACCACGUCAUUCACUUAAUUCAGUUUACUUUUUAGAUUUUCAUAUGGUUGUUUUGUUGUCUUGAUGUUCAAAUGAAAAUGUAGUUCGAAAACAAAAUGACUUUUUAAAUGGUGUAAAAAUUCAACAUUGGGUGUGUAAACUGGGAGCAACAUCAGUGUAAACUGGGAGCUUCCACAGCACAGGGGUUGAAUACUUAUGCAAGCAAGAUAUUUCAGUUUUUUUAUUUUUCUUAAAAAUAUUUCCCAACAUAAAACCAAUGUCACCUUACAAUAAUUGAUCUUGAGUUUCAGUGUUUUAAAAUAAAAUAUCAAACAGAACGAAAUUUCAAUGUACCAUUUGUAAUUCAGUAAUAUGAGAGAAUUGGUCAGGGGUCUGAAUACUUUUGCAAGGCACUGUAUAUAUAUAUAUACACACACAUAUAUAUAUACACACACACACAGACACACAAUGUUUCAUUUUUAAAUUAGGAUUCUGUUAUUAAAUACUUUAUUUUAACUGCUUCAGAGUUGCUACAGCUUCAAUGAAUUGAAGAAAAUAAAAAGCAGAACAGACGAGACAAGAAGCGCACUGACUAAAAUAUCAUUCAGAUAAACUCAAUUCAAAUUUCACUUUUUUUAAAACCAGUAUAGAACCAUUAAUAAAUACAUCUCGUUUUAAAUGGGGAUCCUGGAAAAAGAAAGAGGCUGUGUGGUCCAGUGGUUAAAGAAACAGGCUUAUAAGCAAGAGGUCCCCGGUUCAAAUCCCACCUCAGCCACUGACUCAUUGUGUGACCCUGAGCAAGUCACUUCACCUCCUUGUGCUCCGUCUUUUGGGUGAGACGUAGUUGUAAGCGACUCUGCAGCUGAUGCAUAGUUCACACACCCUGGUCUCUGCAAGGAUAAAGGCGUCUGCUUAAAAAAAUAAAAAGAGACGGCAAGAAAUAACUUUAUAAAAAAUCAACGGCAUAAAAACAGGAUGACUUAAAAAAUAUCGUUAAAAAAAACAGUGAUUACAAAAUAAGAAUCAUCGAUAAGAUAAAACGAUUGCAGUUUUUGCCGCACGUCAUCCGUUUCAUAGUCAGUAGGCCUGUUUAUAGGAUUCUCAAUACCCUGCUCCGUUUUUAAAAGAAGUGUUUAUUUCUGAGAGAUUUUUUAAGGAGGUGUUUUGAAUUGGACGUUUUUUAUGCGGGAAAGGCAACGAGUUUCGCUUGCUCUGCGAAGGCAUGCUCGCUCACAGUGUGAGAUCUCAGCUGAGGGAGAUCUGAAGCGCCCCAUCCUCUCCCUUGUUUAGCUCUUCGUGUAUGUAUAUGUAAUAUGUUUUUUUAUUAAAGCACGGUGCCUCUGUUGUAGGCUACUUUGAUUGUAUUGCCCAACGAUGCUAUAGUAAAUGAGAUGUAUUCUCUGCGGCACGUGAUGUAACUUGGGUUGUAUUGUGAAUUAAUAAAUAAAAUAUCAAAUUUUCUUUUUCA